AUUAACGCCCCCUCACUCCCUCUCUUUCGAUCUCUCUCCACUUUCUCUUACCAUAACUUCCAUUUUUUCCCAUCUUCCAUUUUUCUCACUAACAAAUUAUUUAAUUUUUUCAUACUUCUUAAUUACUUCCAAAUAUAACUGAUCAUCAAAAUUCAGGUCUAAGUUCCACAUCAAAAACACAUGCAACAAGAGUAAUUAAGUACUAAUUAAGUAGAGAUGCGGCAAGAGAAGAGCACGUCGAAUGCAGUUUUAUCUCCAAUCCCAAACAAGAAUUUCAGAGGAUUGAAGGCUCUGCUUUCUAAUAAUAAUACUACUAAUGACGACUUAAUUGUUGAUGAUAUGAUCAGUGAUCAUGAAUUGGCUCUUCGAAAGGCUGGUGAAUCAGCUGCAAGAAGGUAUCAAGCAACAGGAUGGCUAAGGGAAAUGGACCAAGUAGCAAGGGAUACCCUCCCAAAGGACCCCUCUGAAGAACGCUUUUGUUUAGCCUUACGGAAUGGUCUAAUCCUUUGCAAUGUCCUUAAUAAAGUCAACCCUGGUGCUGUACUUAAGGUUGUGGAUAAUCCAGUGGUGACAGUGCAAUCUCCGGAAGGAGCAGCACAAUCAGCCAUUCAGUACUUUGAAAACAUGAGGAAUUUCUUGGUAACUGUUGGCAAUAUGAAGCUCUUGACUUUUGAAGCCUCUGACUUGGAAAAGGGAGGUUCUACAAGCAAAGUUGUGGACUGCAUUCUUUGCCUAAAAGGCUACUACGAGUGGAAACAAGCUGGUGGAAUUGGAGUAUGGAGGUAUGGUGGAACAGUGAGGAUCACGUCAUUCCCAAAAGACUGCUCCUCCUCUUCAGUUGGCAGUGAAAGUGCUGAUGAUUCAUUGUCGUCGUUUGAUGAAUAUGAAUCAUUACCGUAUGAGCAGUUGUCCGAGUUUCUUCAUCGGUCUAGUAAGGUUUCAAAGGAGGAAUCAGAAGCAGCAAAAAGUCUAUGUUUUUUACUAGAUCGCUAUGUGCUUGGGAUUUUGCAAGCAUAUGUCAAUCAGAAGAGUGGAGUUGAGGAUUUGCCUUUGAAUUCAAUGGUAAUUGAUAUUAUGAUCAGGAAGGUAGUCAAAGAUCUUUCAGCAGUGCUUGUUUCUCAAGGUGUUCAGCUCGGGCUCAUGUUGAAGAACAAGUUGAAGAGCGAGGCAGCGUGUUUUACACAUGACGAAUUCCUAGAAGCAAUUUCACGGUAUCUUGGCAGCAAGAUGCCUGUUAUGAAUUCUGACGAUGCACCAGAAUGUUGCGUCUGUGGUGGAAGAAAAGAGGUUAUCUGUCAUUGUAUCAGAGAUUCCACAAGCUACAAGGCAGUGGUAGAUGAGCAACAAAAACAACUUCUGGAACUCAAGUCGUCUUUUACAGAGACAAGAUUAGAAGUGAAAAAGGCUCAUGUACAAUGGGAUGAAGAAAUUAAAAAACUAGAGAAUCACGUAAAGAGUCUUGAAGUGGCAUCAUCGUCUUACUACAAGAUUUUAGAAGAAAAUCGUCAACUUUACAAUCAAGUGCAAGACUUAAAAGGAUCAAUUCGAGUUUAUUGUCGAGUAAGGCCGUUCUUGCAUGGGCAAUCUGACAGGGAAUCAACUGUGGAUCAUAUCGGAGAAAAUGGAAAUAUAAUGAUUGUCCAUCCUCACAAACAAGGGAAGGAUGCACGAAAAAUCUUCUCGUUCAAUAAAGUAUUUGGAACAAAUGCAACUCAACAGCAAAUAUAUGCAGAUACCCAAUCAUUGAUCAGAUCAGUUUUAGAUGGUUUUAAUGUCUGCAUCUUCGCCUAUGGACAAACUGGCUCUGGGAAGACAUACACUAUGAGUGGCCCUGAUUUCACAGCAGAAGAUACUUGGGGUGUCAACUACCGAGCUUUGCAAGACCUAUUUCAGAUUUCAAAAUCCAGAAUUAACAUGAUUGAAUAUGAAAUCCGAGUCCAGAUGAUUGAGAUAUACAAUGAACAAGUCAGAGACCUUUUAGUUGUUGAUGGCUCUUCCAGAAGGUUAGAUAUUCGAAACAAUUCUCAGCUCAAUGGUCUGAAUGUACCUGAUGCAUGUUUAGUCCACGUUAACUGCACCAAACAUGUCCUUGACUUGAUGGGGGUUGGCCUAAAGAAUCGUGCUGUGGGUGCAACGGCUCUGAACGAAAGGAGUAGCCGAUCUCACAGUAUUUUAACCAUCCAUGUCCAAGGAAAAGAGUUGAUCACCGGGUCCAUUUUGAGGGGUUGUCUCCAUUUGGUGGAUUUAGCUGGUAGCGAGAGAGUUGACAAAUCCGAGGCUGUUGGAGAAAGACUUAAGGAAGCGCAACAUAUAAAUAAGUCACUUUCUGCACUCGGGGAUGUUAUCUCUGCUCUUGCUCAGAAGAAUGCUCAUAUUCCUUACCGGAAUAGCAAACUUACUCAAGUCCUCCAGGAUUCUCUAGGUGGACAAGCUAAAACGUUGAUGUUUGUGCAUAUAAAUCCGGAAUCUAAUGCUAUCGGAGAGACAAUAAGUACCCUCAAGUUUGCAGAAAGGGUUGCCUCUAUAGAACUUGGAGCUGCUCGAGCUAACAAAGAAACUACUGAACUUCGGGACCUCAAAGCCGAGAUCUCUAAUUUGAAAUCGUCAUUAGAGAAGAAAGAAGCUGAACUGGAACAUCUGAAAUGUGCUAAUGUAAGAAGCAAUUCUGAAAUACAAAAGGCAAGACCCGUUUCACCGGUACAUGUGCCAAGGCUUGCGCGACCGGUUGAUGAUAAAUCCAUUGAGGUCAGAAGCUGUUCUUCGAGUAAGCAGAGGAGAUCACGGUUUCCCUCCGGGUUUAAGGAACAUGAGCCGAUGCCAAAGAUGCCCUUCAUAGCCGAAGAGAAGCUUCCAAAGCCUGGAAAUCCAAGGUCUCCAUCUCCACCAGUGAGAAGGUCAAUGUCUACUGACAGAGGAAUUCUGAUUAGGAGUAGGCUUAAGCCUGAAAUAACAGAAAAACCUGUCCAAAAAGUUCAGUACCCUGCAUCAGCUAGAUCGGUAUCAGUGAAUAAACAUCCCGGUCCACCACAAGGGAAUCCGUUAGUUGACCUGUAUGAUGGCAACUUAUUAUUAAAUCAGGAGAAUGAACAACUCAAGCCAGUACUAAAUACAAGGCAGAUGUUGUCAGUAAGGAAAAGCAAACACGAUAUCAACAAACCGAAAACCAAGAAUCAACAACCAGCAACUAGGAUUCCAAAAGUUGAUGAGACACACACUUUGUUGACAGACAUUGAUACUACUACAGGAGGAAAGAUUGAUGAGGGUAGAAAGAGUGACUUUUCUGAGCCUGAAAAUGAAAACGGGUUAUUUUCUUCUCCUAUGUAUAGCAGAAAUUCUCGGUUGAAGAAGUUGCAGGCUAACUCUACUAAGAGUUCUCAGUAUCUUGAACCAAGCUGCUUUUCCCAUGCAGAGGACAUACAAAUACAGUAGACUCAGUUAUGUCAGGAAGAUUGGAAACACAUCUUCAAAAGGAAAGCAACAAUCCGUCCAUGUCUGGGAUAAGAAGAAGUCAGUCUACACCGCGUGGGAAGUUUUUGAUUUUGCCUUAAAUAGACUUGUUCACCAAAUUAAUUUUGUCUAUUUUGUUAUGUGUGUAUAGUUAGUUCAGUAAAACAAUGCCUUGGUUGAAGCUUUCUGAAAAUUUGAGUUCUUCCUGUA